AUGGUGAUAGUCGGCAUGUUACUGAUGGUCCUCUUUGUUUCAGAUGCUUUGGCUGAUUGUCCUGAUGAAGCAGCACUCUCCAUAAAUGCAUCAAAGAAGCUGGAAGCACUGAGUGGAUCUUGUUUGCAAAUCCCAUGUAGCUUCAGACCCAAAGAAGAACAGAAAUUUAUCAGCACAAGAAAAAUUAUUGGAGUGUGGAUUAAAAAUCAAUCCCAAUUUAACAAUAAUCCAAACAAUGUGAUCUACAACAGUAAUAGAGCAGUUAACAUCUAUCCAAUGAGUAUUACUGGGAACCUGAGUCAGAGAGACUGCACCACUCUGUUUUCUAAUUUAACCACCACAUACACAGACACAUACUUCUUCAGAGUAGAGAGAGAACCAUUCAAGGCAACAGCUGCUUGUGAUCCUCUUCAAAUAACAGUCAGAGAUUCUCCUUGGAGGCCCAAUAUUACAAUCCCAGGUGAUCUGAAGGAGAAGAAGUCUGUCACUAUAACCUGCUCAGCUCCCACUCCCUGUCCACACUCCCCUCCUCAACUCACCUGGAAUCUCCAACAAGACUCUCACAAAAAAAUAGAGAAAAACACAGAUGGAAGCUUUACAACUAAAAUCCAGCAGAACAUCACUCUGUCAGACACACAUGAUGGAAAGAAGAUCAGCUGCUCUGCCAGAUAUCCUGUGAACCAAGGAAACGACACCAAGAGAGCAGAGACAGAAGAGACUCUCAGUGUUUCAUAUGCUCCUAAAAACACCUCAGCAUCCAUCAGUCCAUCAGGUUUGGUGUCAGCAGGCAGCUGGGUGAACCUGACCUGCUCCAGCAGAGCCAAACCUCCAGUCAGUAACUUCACCUGGUUCAAGAAGAGCAGAGAUGGAGCUGUGAAAGUAUCUGAAGGAGAGAUUUACAGCUUCAAUGUAACAGAUGGAGGAGUUUAUUACUGUGUGGCCACUAAUGAUCUGGGUAAUCAGACAUCAGCAGAGAUUCGUGUGGCUGUUGCAGGUCUCUUUUCAUCUGGAGUCACACUGUGGCCACUUAUUGGUGGAAUCAUUUGGAUUGUUGACCUCUUACUUCUGUAA